UUUCGAUAGUUUCACUUUACGACUGUUGUGCAAAUAUACACGUGUGUGAUACAAAUAAUUGAAGCUGCUCCAAACAUAAUGGCUAAAAGCUUAAGGAGCAAAUGGAAAAGGAAGAUGCGAGCGGAGAAGAGGAAGAAGAAUGCACCAAAGGAGUUGGCACGGCUCAAAAACGCUUUGAGCCACGGGGGGAAAGGCGACAUCACAAUGAAAGAUGUUCAGGAGAUGGCGACCAUCGUGCCGGCCGAAAAGUUAAAGGAGAAGCCGGUCGAUGUUAACAUGGAAGAGGGAGAUGACGAUGGCACUGGAAAGAUGGACAUGGACAUCAAACGCAAGAAGAAGACUUUAACGGAUCAGCACGGACAGUAUCCGUCUUGGAUGAGCCAACGACAGGCCAAAAAGAUGAAGAGCAAAGGAAAAGGGAAAACAAAGAAGGGCCUGGCUUGGUAGCCAGACCAGUCUGUUUGUUUGGACUUGGACCUGUUACUGCAGGUGCUCAUGUGAAAUGUUCGUGGACCAUUACGUAUGAAAGGGCACUGCAGAAUUGUCAUUGGAAAUGAACUGGUGUAGUAUCAGGGGCCCAUCUUGGGUCUGUAUUGUUCAGGUGUAAUGUUUUUAAAAUAUGUGAUUGAAAAAUAUUGUAAAACUGAACCACUCUCUGCAGCUUUUAAUAUAAAAUAUUAUCAUAUUAUGCUGCAUUGAGGACUGAAACACCUGAAGCAUUCUAACAUCUGUUGUUACAGACACUUGUUGACUGUGCAUUGCUUUAUUUUUCAUGGUGUCCUCCUCCCUGUUUCUUUCUCUGAUACAAAAGCAUGUCAAUGUUGAAAUUUAUUCAUUAUUAAUAUCCCUGUCAUAUAUCACUGAUAUUUGAACUGAUGUGCUUUAGAUAAAAACCAUAGCCUUGGAAAUGGC